AUGCAAACUGCUUCAACCUCAUCCGACACCUUCUUUGGUAAUAAAGAAGUGCUGGAUUUGGAAAUGUACAGAGAAAGGGAAAUAAGUUAUCCCGGUCAACAACAACAACAAAAGACCUUGGCAAAUAAAACUGACAAUUUCAACCUGACAUAUUCAAUGCUGCAAUCAUCAUUACGUGACGUUUUCUCUACAAAGUCGAUUAGUUCUCAAAAGAAUGUAAGAAACUUGAAAUUAAAGUUGAAUGCUGAUGUUCUUGAAGAUGAAUUAGAAGAAAGAGGGAAAGGAAAUAGUUCAAAAAACAUGGGUAGAAAAAGUGUUGGUGCACAAUCAGCACAUUCAUUGCAUUCUAAUCUUACAAAUCAUACUUUACCAUCAAACUAUUCAUCUCAUUCAUCUCAUUCAAACCAAUCAGGACAAUCUACUUCCUCUAACCAAUCUAAAGGCUCAAAUAAGUCAAACAAUUGGAAACAACGUGGUCCCAUUGUUUCAGGUGAUGCACAACUGCCAGCACCUUCUCCUUUGCAAGGAGAAAAGUAUACUCAAUCAAGUCAUCAUCAGCAGCAGCAGCGGCAACAACAACAACAACAACAACAACUUCCCUUUGAUCCAAGAAAAUUGAGAAAACAAACAUCGCUGAACAAUGCAUUCCCACACCAGACCCAAGCAUAUCCUCAAGCAUCACACGCACAGCAGCAACCUCAAUCCGUACCACGCUAUCCGAAUGGUACCCCACCAUAUCCGACAAAUUCCGGAUACUCUCCAUUAUUUGGUCAAUAUCCGCAACUGCAGUAUCCGCAACAACAGCCUUCACAACAACAGCCUUCACAACAACAGCCUUCACAACAACAGCCUUCACCAUCCUAUCAACAGUCACAACAAAACAUGAACAAGCUGGGACCAAUGAUUAUGAAAAACGACUCUCCCCAGUACCCUCAACAAAUGACAAAGAGCACCCAAGGUCCAAAUGGAAUGCUCACCCCCCAAACACAGGUGUAUGACCAAGCAUCUACAGCGUAUACACAGCACCCAAAUAACACACAAAACAUCCCAUCACAGCAACAAUAUUCAAUGUGUCCGCCACGUCUGCAGUAUAGACCACAACCAGCAAUGCUACACCCUCAACAACAACCAUAUCCGGGACAAUUAACACCCCAAGAUAUGACUCAACCUUCUUCUCAACAGAGCUAUGAAACUGGUAGUAGCAAUGCUAGACAACCGACAUAUUCACAGCUUAGAGAUGAUAAACUAUCAGGAGCAUUGAAUGAGUUAAAAAAUGAUGUUAACAAUUUAAAGAGCACAAGUGAAUUAUUUGCCACUACAAAUACUCGUACUAUUGCUGGUGGUGGUGGUGCUACUACUAAUACGUCUUAUUCUUCUUCUUCUUCGCAAGUUCCCGCGAUAUCUAGUUCUUCAACGUCCCAAUUAGACUUGUCUAAAUUUGACUCAUCACCACCAUCGCCACCACCACCAGAGCAUCGCCAUAAUGAUUAUAUGGAACAACCUCCUUUUGAUAGCAAGGAUCAGAAAUAUCAAAAUGUUGGGUUUGAAGCGCAGAGUAGACUAAGUCAAACUUCAAUGGUGAGUUCAAUUUUGUCAAAAACCUCAUCAUAUGAUGAUGAAGAAGAAAACAAACAAAUUGAAAAAGAAUUGGAAAAUCAAUUACAAAGUAUUAAGGAAGGUGGUGGCAAUUUUGGUCAAUUGAGAACCUAUGACACUGCAUCGUCGUCGCAGAAGUCACUUAACACUACUGUUUCCGAUGUAUCGAAAAAGCACAUUGUACUACCACAAUUCAAUAUUGAAGAAGUUGAUGAAGAGAAAGCAGAAAAAAGAGACUUGGAGGAAGAGAUGGCAAGAUCAAGUAGUUCUGGCUCUAAAGGUUUCGAAGAGAUGGAUAUUGUCUCAAUUGAGUCAAUUCAACCAUUAUCUGUUUCGCAAUCGGUUAUUUCUCCUAAAAGGAAGAGAAUUGAAAGAAAAUCAGUAGCACUGAGUAAUGAGAUGAGUAUUGCAAGAAAAGAUUCUAUUGAAUUCUCCAAGAUUAUUGAUGAGGUCAAUAACAUGGAAUUGCAGAUGAGGAAAGAAAGUGAAAGCGAAGGUAAAGGUGAAGGUGAAGGUGAAACCAAAGGCAAGAGCAAUUUUCUUCAAAGUGAAUCAAAAGUGGUCCCACUGGGGAAAGGACCCUGUCGUUCGUGUCAUGGAUCCAUUGACCCUAAGGCGACUGGCUCAUUAAAAUCCAUUUACUCGGUUGAUUUGUCAGGCCAAUGGCAUCGAGGCUGUUUCACAUGCUCCUAUCCUCAAUGCACUAUAAACUUCAACGCCAAGAUUCAAUGUUAUGUUUAUGAAGAUCAACCAUAUUGUUUCAACCACUACCAUUUGUUGAACGACACUACUUGUUCAUCAUGUAAUAUAGGCAUUGAAGGUGAAUGCAUUGAGAAUGAUUUAGGUCAGAAGUGGCAUGUACCAUGUUUGAAAUGUCAUGUAUGUAAAAGGAAAAUCAUUGAGUGUAAGAAUUGUGAUUAUUAUGUUAUUGAUGAUUAUGUGGUUUGCGAGGAAGAUGCAAAACAGAUUAUAAAGAAUAAAAGGAACAAAGCUAGUGGCAAGGGGGCUAAUGGAUUAAGUGUUGAUAUGUUUGAAAAGAGAAGGACACGAAUAUAUUAUGCCUGA